AUAAAUAAAAUAAAGCAUUUUUAAAAUAAAAUAUUAUAAAUCUAAUAACCCACGUCCUAUUCCUAUGCCAUUUGGGAAGUCUAAAAGUCAUCCAAAAAAUACCGUUAUAUACACAUAGAGAGACCUCUGCAGCGUUUCAUCAUCUUCCUCAUUCUUCUCUGCGCGUCGGACCGGAGUCAGUGGAGUUACGCCGGAGUUGUCGCCGGAGUUUCAAGGCGAGAAAUUUGAGUCCUUCGUAGGUUAAUCGAGGGAGGUCGUCGCCGGUGACCCUGCUGCUGGACAAGAAGUUCGCAGCCGCUGGUUUGAAGACUGUCGCGCGUUCCGGUUUGUAGAAGAGGAAGACGUGCCAGGCCGGUAGCGGGUGGAGUGGCUAAAGAUUCCAUUUGUCAUCACUGUGGUGAAGUUGGCCACUAGAAGAGGAAUUGCAAGCAGUAUUUGGCAACCAAGAAAAAGGGUGAAGCUUCUGCUUCAGGAACAGAAGAGAAGAAGUAUGAGUGUUGAUCUUGAAGAUGCAAGGGAGGCAGAAGAUGCAGCUAUUAAAGCACAGGAAAGGUUUGAAUCAUGCAACACAGAUGAUAACAGAGAGGCCUUUCAUCUAGCAAAUGCAAACCUUCUCAAGGCAUGCAAAACUGAAGAAAACUACUGGGCACAAAAGGCAAAUAUCAAGUGGCUAGCUAGUGGUGAUGCUUCUACCAAAUAUUUUCAAUCUCUUGUUAAAGGAAAAAGAAGGCAAGCUAGCAUCAGAGAACUUAAAGACCAUUUAGGGAAGUGUAUCACUACUCUCCCUCUCGAAGAAGAAAUCAAAGCAGCAAUAUGGCAACUCAAUCCCAAUAGCUCUGCAGGUCCUGAUGGUUACAAUGGAGAAUUUUUCAGACACUUUUGGGAUAUCAUCAAGGCAGACCUUAUCAGUGCCACUCAUGAAUACUUUCAAGGCAUCCCCAUUCCCAUGGCUUUUGGAAGUACUAAUAUCACUCUUAUUCCCAAAGUGGAAGGAGCUAGAGAAAUUGGUGACUACAGACCUAUUGCUCUAUCUACCUUUUUUAGUAAGAUGCUGUCCAGGAUUAUGGCUAACAGACUUGGCCCUAUGCUUAAUAAAAUAAUCUCUCCUGAGCAAGCUGGUUUUCAAAAAAGGGAAGGUAUUGAGGAGCAUAUCCUUCUAACCAAUGAACUGAUGCACAACCUAGACUCUAAGGUUAGGGGAGGUAAUGUUAUGAUCAAGCUAGACAUGGCCAAAGCCUUUGACAAGAUCUCCUGGAACUUCCUUCAGGCCAUCCUUCAAGCUUUUGGGUUUAAUGAACAAAGCAUCUGUCUCCUUCUCCAAAACUUAAGGGCAACUUAUAUGUCUGUUCUAGUGAAUGGGAAACCCAAUGGGUUCUUUAAAAUCAAGAGGGGAGUCAAGCAAGGUGAUCCUCUUUCCCCUCUCUUGUUUAUUAUAGGAUCUGAGGGUUUUGCUAGAAGCUUAAAUCAUGCCAUCAAUUCUGGAUACAUCUCCCCUUACAAGGUGGGAAAGACUAGAGUGGUAUCCCAUCUUGCUUUUGCAGAUGAUCUUAUUAUCUUUCUUAAGGGAGACCUUAGGAAUAUCCUAAGAUUCAGACACCUUCUGGAUAGCUAUCUUAAGGCUUCAGGACAGGAGGUUAAUAAAAAGAAAAGCAGGAUUUUCUGCAAGAAAGGGAGCAGAGGUUUAUAUACUAGCAAGCUGGAUGAUACUUUAGGGUUUAAGGUGGGAAACCCUCCUUUCAAAUACUUGGGUUCUACUAUCACUCAGGGUAAACUCAAAAAAACUCACUGUGAUCAUAUUCUUCACCAUUUUGAUGCUUAUAUCAACAAUUGGUAUAGUAAAGAGCUUAACCCUAUGAGUAGACUCAUUCUUAUCAAGCAUGUCCUAAGUGCAAUUCCUAUGCAUACCCUUGCUGUCCAAGAUCUUCCUAAAUCCAUUAUUAGGACCAUACAUGGCAAACUGGCUAACUUCUUCUGGGGGAGCAAGCAAGGAAGGAACCAUUACCAUUGGGCCAAAUGGGGCACAUUAACUAGACCCACUGGAGAGGGAGGUCUGGGGAUCAGGAACUUGGAAGAUAUUCAGAAAGCCUCAGCUUUAAAACUUUGGUGGAAGUCUCUUACAGGGAAUUCUCUCUGGGCCAGAUUUAUGAAGAACAAAUAUGCAAGGGAAGGAACUUUUGAGGCUAAGAUUUAUGACUCUGCUUCUUGGAAAAGAAUCUGUAGAAUCUCUCCUAUCGGUCUACAAUUCACUACAAUUACCAACCAGAAUGUUUGCUAGGUCAAUGAUUAUACUACGGGGCCCACCAGGACUAAUGCGAUGGAUCUUAGGGAAUACAUGUUGGAGUGGUGGCUGUCACAUAGCAAAACAUCUCUAAGAGGAUUAUUAAGAAAAUGAUUCAACAUUGGGUAUGGUCCAACAAGAAAGUACAGAAGAUUGCAAGCAAGGAGGAAAUUAAUGCUCUUAAUCUCAAACCUUACCUCUCCAAGGACAAAUGAAUGCCAUGGACGUUG